AUGCGUACACUAGGAUCAAACGGGAGGCCUACUAGCCGACGACGAUGCACCGUAGAUGAAGCUGGUCCUUCUGUACAAGUUCCAGAGCCACCACAGCCAGCUCCAGAGCCACCACAGCCAGCUAGGUAUCAUGGAGGACCUUCAGAUCUGUCAUUACUUAUUCGAUACGAGGACCAUGUUGCUCGCCGUCUAUGGUUCGGGGAGGUAAAAAGAGGUCCUAAAAAGGAGCUCAAAGUUGCAGGACAUGGGACGAAGCUGCAAGAUAGAGUUCAUCAUUUGCUCCCACCAGAGAUGGAGGAUUUGGUUUCUAGGUCAGGUCUGACUUCUCUCCAGAGAACUAGCCUGACAAAGAUAGAUGUUAAUCUUGUCUCAGCAUUUGUGGAGAGGUGCCAUAUAGAGACAUCGUCAUUUCACAUGCCAUUUGGUGAGAUGACGAUUACAUUGGAUGAUGUUGCUAGUCUGCUGCACUUUCCUAUUGGGGGUUUGUUCUGGUAUCCAGAGGAGCAUGUCACUGAGGAGAUGGCGGUUGAGCUUGGCAUCGAAUUUUUGGAGCAUCGAGCUGCUAGUAGCUGGGCAUUUGCAACCAGGACAUAUCUUAUGAUGUUGGUGGGUUCUACGAUUUUUGCUAACAAGAAGACUUUUACUCUUGUUGAGGCCCGAUAUUUGCUGUUGUUUAGAGACUUAAAGAGACUUAAUGCUUACAGUUGGGCAUCUGCUGCACUGUGUUGGAUUACUGAGUACUUUCCCACACUUGGAAGGAAAGGAGAGAAUUGGCGUCCAUCUGAAAAUCAUGGGAUUCCUCGGGCGAUGAGAUGGUCGUACAAGCAAGGAGCCAUGAAGGUGGAUGAGUUGAGUCCAGUUUUGGACCAGCUGACACCUACAGACGUCAUAUGGCGCCCAUCUGAGGAUCACAGACGUCACCUUCCUUUUGACGAGCUAUCUCUGUACAGAGGUUUUCAUUAUAUUCCGCCCCCACCUCUUGCUGGUAUGUUGAGCGUGGUAGAUGUGGUUAGAGACACCGCACCAGUUAGAUACCCCUAUGAGACGGUUGUAGGAUAUUUGCAGUGGUAUUACCGUGUGUCACAUCCUCAGUUGGUUCCACCCCCACCUCGUGCACGUAGAGAGGUUCCAGUUCCUGUCUUUGAUGCAAGACUCGCUGAUCAGGAUUGGGUUCGUGCUUCCACAUUGGUUCACUAUUAUCUCCGACAGGCGGAGGCAGCGGAGGAUGAUAUAGCAUAUGCUGAUUUGUUCGAGGUUUUACGCAUCGCUCGUCAGCAUUGA